CUACGGGCGCGUAGAAAACUACAUCUGGUCCACGUGCGACGGCAAUUCCUUGACGUUUGAUGCUUUCCCAUAUCUUGCCGUAUCCUCUCUCCGCGCGUCCCUCACCCGCGCUUCCUCCUCCGCCUUCACCACGUUACCGAGUAUAGAAAGUGUCUUAAAGCCGCGAGGUUUUUACAUUCGGCGAAGUUGCUGCCCGGUUCGCUUUUUCCUCUGCGGGUCUAUAAAUAAUCACCGAAAGUACAUCGCGACAAGCGAUAUAAGACUUGACCGGCUCCAGACGCGAUGUCCACGCGAUCCGUCGUAAAGGAAAUCGAUCGAAAGCAGAACACGGAGGUAGCGAAUCCCGGCGAGUUUCCGCCCGAAUACUUAAUCAAGCAUCCGCUGCAAAACACCUGGACUCUAUGGUAUUAUGAGCCCGAUAGAAGUAAAUCAUGGGAAGAGAGCCAGCGAGAGAUAACGAGCUUCGAUACAGCUGAAGAUUUCUGGAGCUUAUACAACCACAUAAAGACAGCUUCUGAGUUGAGACAAGGUUGUGACUAUAGCAUGUUUAAGCAAGGAAUUCGGCCUAUGUGGGAGGAUGAUCAGAACAAGUCUGGUGGACGAUGGUUAAUAAAUCUAGACAAGAAGCAACGAGCCACAGAUCUAGAUAAUUUUUGGUUAGAAAUUCUCCUCUGUAUGAUUGGGGAGGCCUUUAAUGAGUAUUCCGACGACGUUUGUGGAGCUGUAGUUAAUGUCAGGACAAAAGGGGACAAGCUUGGUGUCUGGACGUCAAAUGCGGAUUGCGCGGAUAGUGUUAUGGAAAUUGGCCGAAAACUGAAGGAAAGAUUAAGGAUUACGCCUAAAACGACUAUGGGAUAUCAAAUACAUAAAGACACCAUGGUCAAAGCUGGGAGUCAAACAAAAAAUACUUAUACACUUUAAUUUUCAUCAUUUUAAAUUUGAUAUCACCCCUGAGUUCAUUUAAAUACAUUAUAAUGUCAAAAAUCGCGGGUUAAGAUAUUAAUACAAUUGUGUGUGGACUUUGCAUUAUGUUGAAAUAAUAAAGAAUAAAAUUUUGUUUUUUGAAAAAGCAUAUUACAUCGUCGUUGUAGUUAUGUUUCCGGUAGUAACGGCAGAGACUAAAUAAAAAAAAUUGAAAUAUUGAAAUAGAUGUUAUUAAAAUAUAAAAAAUUUACUUUAAGGAAUAUAUUGUUUAUACAUAGCUUACAAAUAUAAUUUAUGAGAGAUGCAUGCGAAUUGCUGUAUUUUUUGUGGCUGAUAAUAUGUGUACGAUUAAGAUAAAUUUAUAUUCUUAGGUAUAUAAUUUGUGCAACUUCUUUUCUCAACAGACGAGUCCUUGUAAUCUCUCUUGUAAUAUUACUGUAAUUCUUCUUGUAAUACUUCUGUACAGUAGUGAGGCACAAGCUACAAUUAUAUUCAAAAUUUUCUUAUGAAUAUCAAAAA